UUUGCCAUGACUGCCCUGGAAAACACACCUAAAACGAUGAGCUUGAAGUUGUUGCUGCUGGUUAUUUUCUUGGUGCCACAUUGCCAUUGCAAUGCGUUUGCUGAGAAUAAAACGCGGUUACUAUUUAAGGAAAUCGAUGAAGUAUUGGUGAAACUUAUUGUAGAACACACCAUGAUGUACUCUGAGAACCAGAGUUGCUUUAACAAGUUGGACGUGCUUAAAGAGGACUACCGUUCUAAUAAGUAUGGCUUUGCAGUACUGAAGAAUGUCCUUCAGCGUUAUCACAACUUAGCUGAAUUGCUUAAUUUUGGUUGUAAAAAGCAGAUGAAUGGGAAAAUCUCCAUUUCAGAAAAAGACUCGUAUUGCGAACGGUUGUUCGGCUGCCACAAAAUUGAAAUUCAAAUUAACAAGCGUCCCAAAUUAAGUCUAAGAACCGAAGCCAUAACUAACGACAAUGACAAUACGAAUGAGAAUGAGAAUACGAAUACGAAUGCCAACGCCAAUAACAAUACGAAUACCAAUACCAAUGCUAAUAACAAUAUCAAUGCUAAUCAAAUCACUAUCUUGGUGAAUGUCGUUCAGCCCUCAAGAAAACCAAAAAUGACGGAAACUCCUCCUUCUGCAAUUUAUGAUUCAUUGCGUCGUCCAUUCGAUUAUAUGCAUGGAUUGAUUAGCUCGGUACUUCAGCCCACGAACACCUAGAAUGUCAUCAUGGACUAAUUCCAAGUUGGAAUUACAUGUAUGAUAAGACCAGGUUUGUUUUUAAGUAAUUAAAGAACAGACAAAGGCAAGGUUUUCAUUCAAAAUGUAAAAA